CACUGCACACUGUGUUUUGCGGUACCUCACGCCUCGGUUUCCGGCAGUGUCAUGGCUGCCUACGCGGGUGGGUUUGAAAGCUCAGGUAGCAUCGAGGAGAAAAGAGAAUUAAAGCGCAAAGCCCGCGAGGAAGUCCUCCAAAAGGCCAAGCGUCAGUAUGAGGAAGACGAGCAGAGAGAGGAACAGAGGAAGGCUCGUGGUGAAGACACCUGGAUGCUCCCAGAUGUUGAGCAACGGCUGCAGCAGAUCAAUGAGGACCUUACGGUGAAAAGCAAGAAGAAGAAAAAGGAGAAAUCCAAAAAGAAGAAGAAGGAGAAGAAGAAGAAAGCAAAGAAAGAGAAGGCGAAAUCCCAGGGCGAUCGCUCGUCCGAUAGCUCAGAGGACUCUGAUGAUUGGGUGGAGGCUCCGCCCACAACAGGAAGUGUGGAUAAAGCAUGGAAGGUCACGGGCCAGGCUCAGACCGCGAGUAGCUCAACUAAUAGUGCUCAACAGAGAGACGAGUGGAUGACCUUUGACUUCCUGGCCCUGAAGUCGACAUCGGUUGCCGAGCGACGUGCAGAGAAGGAGGCGGAGAAAGAGGCGGAGCGAAAGAAAGCGCAGAGCCUCGAACAGGCUGGCCUUCACAGACUGGAGCUGAAUCCCUAUUGGAAGAACGGAGGGAGUGGGCUGCCCUUGGAGGAAGACGCCAGUACUACAGUUACUAAAGCGGGCGUGGUGGAUGAUGGAGGACGGAGCUGGCUCAUGAAGUCAUUUCAGAGGAUGAAGGAGCAGGCAGAGAGAGAGCAGCGCAGCCUGGACGACGUGGUGGCCGAGAGAUACGGGUCCAUGGAGCAGUUUCAGAAGAGACUGAAGGAAGCAGAGGAGGCCGCCUUCCCACAGAGGAGAGACGAGAGAGACGUGGGGAGGAAAGGAGAAGGAAGGAGACAAGGGUGGAGGAGAGAGGUGGACAGGGAGCGGGACAGGGAGCGGGACAGGGACAGGGAGCCAGACAGGGACAGAGAGCGAGACAGAGAGAGGCACAAGGAAAGACAGAGGGACAUGGGUAGAGACCGGUGGACAGAAAGGGACCGAGAGCGAGACAGGGACAGAGAGAAGGAUCUAGAAAGACAGAAAGACAUGACUAGAGACAGAGGGCCAGAGAGAGAAAGAGGACACUUCCUCAAACCCUCCGACUCUGACGACUUCCUGCCUCUGGGGGCGGCCUUUAGGAGGCCUGGAUUGACGGCCUCUUCAUCCAAUCAGAGCACAAGAAACUUCCUCAAACCUGGAGAUGAUGAAGAUGAUGCAGCAUGGAGGGAGAGAGAGGAGAAGAAGGAUGGAGUGAAAGAGAAGGAGUCAGGGACACCGAAGAGAGAGGAAGAGAGUAAGACUGCACCGGCGCAGAAGAGCAGCUCAGAGAGUGAGGAAGAGGAGGAAGAAGAAGAGGAAGUGCGUAUCCUGACAGAUGAGGAGAUGAAUAAACUCGGGGCCAAACUUCUCAAGGCUGAGCUCAUGGGGAACACGGCUCUAAUGGACCCUCUGAAAGCUCAGCUAGAAUCUGCGCGGAAGGCGAGAGAGAAUCACGCCCACAAACCCAAACGGGUGUCUGUGCAGGAGGAGGCGGAGCAGGAAGUGGUCUUGUUCAGAACGGACCAAUCGGGACGAGCGUGGCCAGUGAGCGGCCCCUCACAGCACGUGGAGCCGAAAGGAGGGAGGAGGAAGAAGAAAGCGAUCGAGACCCAUGUCGCCGGCGAGCGCGUGCGUUACUUUGCAGAUGAUGACAGUUUGAAUCUGAGAGAGAUGGUGCGCCGGGAGAAGAUGACCUCAGCUCAGGAUCAGAAUGCCCUCUACUCACGCAUGGCAGCUAAGAUGAUGGGCAAGCAGGAUGGUGAUAACUACACACUGGACGACAUGUUCGUAUCGAGCGCAGCUCAGAGAGAAAGGGAGGGGCUUGAUGAAGAGAGAGCAAGGAAGCGAGCGAUGGGUGAGGGGCGGAGCCUCGCUGCUCAAAUGGAUAAAUGUCCAUUCUGCUUCAGUAACACCGAGUUGCCCAAACACCUGGUGGUGGCUAUCGGAGCAAAGGUGUAUCUUUGUCUCCCUAACAGCGUCUCUCUGACUGAGGGACACUGUCUCAUCGCACCACUGCAGCACCACUGCUGCUCAACUGGCCUUGACGAGGACGUGUGGAAUGAAGUACAGGUGUUCCGCAAGUCGUUGGUUCAGAUGUUCCAGUCGCUUGGUCUCGACUGCGUGUUUUUGGAAACUCACAGGAACCCUAAGAAGCGAAUGCAUAUGCUGUAUGAGUGUGUUCCACUUCCACGGGAGCUUGGCGAUAUGGCACCCAUCUACUUCAAGAAAGCCAUCAUGGAGUGUGAUGAGGAGUGGGCGAUGAAUAAGAAGGUGGUGGAUCUGUCCUCCAAGAACAUCAGACAGGCUGUUCCUCGUGGUUUGCCGUACUUCUCGGUCGAUUUCGGGUUGCAGGGAGGAUUGGCUCACGUGAUCGAAAAUCAGGACAAGUUUCCAUAUUACUUUGGGAAAGAGAUCCUUGGCGGUAUGUUGGACUUGGAGCCGAGACGAUGGAGGAAACCGAUACGAGAGAACUUUGACGAUCAACGCAAGAAGGUCUUGCAGUUCUCUCAGUGGUGGAAACCCUUCGACUGCACCAAGAGCCAAUAAGAGUUCCGCUUUCAUCUUGGGGGCGGGGUCAGGGUUGGAGCUCGGAGUCUACAGCAAAGGCGUCUGGGAGUCUGUCCUGUCUAUAAUCUAUAUAAUAAUAAUAACAGCACAACCGCUGUAUUAUUGAGCUGUUCGAUGUCAUAAUGGAUCAUUAAAGUUUUGUUGAUUUUUUUUUUUA